AUGCCCACGGCCACUACAUUUCUGGAUAACCCUCUGCUGAAGGUUAGCCGGCCUGUCGCCGCAUGUUCGCGUUGUCGCACUGCCAAAAUCAAAUGCGAUGGAAAGCUUCCCGCUUGCUCCGCUUGCGAGAAGGUUGGUAAGGCGAGCACCUGCUCAGGUGCUAGUGAUGAAUUUGCCAAGGGCAAGGAGCGAAGCUAUGUCGCGUCUCUUGAGGGAUAUUGUGAAAAAUUAGAAAAGAAAUUGGCUCUGUUACGAGAUCGCCAAAAUUCCUUAUCAGCUGAAGGGAAUGGGGUCGCCCGGGAGGUCUCCAUCACAGCGACAUCGUCCACUGGUCCUCCUGGCCCAGCUCAUCGCCGAGAGGUCUCCGAUAUCGACGAUCUAGUUGGUGAUUUCGGAUUUUUAUCGGUGAACGCGACUUCACGCGAUUUCCACGGCAUUACAUCCACGACCAGUUUUGCCAAUCUACUCUUAUCGGUCACGAUUGUCGGAUAUCCCCCAACACCAACCCCCAACUCACUACCCGCACGCCACGAGGCGACCCCAUUGCUGCAACAUUACUUUGACAAUAUCUUUGUUCAGCUACCGUUCUUUGUCGAAACCAGCUUCUGGACAUCGGUCGACGCGGUCUAUCAAUCACAAGGCCGCUUUGCCAAACCAUUUGAUCACUGGAUGCUCCGUAUGGUCCUAGCCAUUGCAUCUGCGUCAGUCUCAUACCGGAACAAUGACAAAAGCCACCAACGAGCAUUGGCGCUUGUGGCAGAAGCAUUGACAUACGCUGAGCAUGUCCUCCGUCCGGGAUCCAUCAACUGCAUCCAGGCAAUCCUAUUGCUGGCUCAGUAUGCUUUGGUGGACCCAGGGCGAUUUCGUAGCUGGUUCUUGGUAGGAAUGGCAAUCAGGGUAGCCGUGGAUCUAGGCCUUCAUCAAGACCCGCCCGCAGAGGUCUUGUCAAAUUCAAGUCCGCUUGACAUCCGUCGUCGCGUCUUUCAUUGUCUUUACGUCCUGGACAGAGGAAUCAGUACCGCAUUUCAAAGGACGUUCUCAUUUUCCGACGAUUCUGUUAGCGUCGAAAUGCCCUCCAUUGGCAACAAUUCGACCAAGUCUUCGACCAGCGAACAAAACCACAUCUUUCUACGAAGCCCAGCACCGGCUUUACAUAUCGUCAAGAUCCGGCAGAUCCUAUCUGUCGGGUAUACAGAUAUGCAUUACAGUUCUCGCGAGCCAUCAUCACAACCUCUUGUGCAAAUUUGGACUCUCUGCUACCGAGCUCAAAAAUGGCUUAACGAAUGUCCCCAAAAUGCCCCCAAUCACUUCUCUCUCCUCUACCGCCUCGAACAACUCUAUACUAUAAUUAUUCUCUUAUCACCUUCUCACCGAUACCCCAACCUUUGUGACUAUAACACUGCGCUACUCUUUGACCGAUCCAUGGAUUACAUCAGCCAAAUCCAUCAAGUUCUUGACAACCCAAGCUACCUCCCCUUCCUCAACUUCCUCGACAUCCAACGCGUGCAGCAAGUAGCGUGUCGUUUCGUGGAGGUCCUCUCUCAAAAAUAUGACUUCCUUCUCAGCACCACUGUACCAACCCCGCCCACCGUCCCCGCGGGUACUCCUGACCCUCCAAUGCUAGUCGAAGGAGACCGAAUAAACUGCCGCGCUCGCGCAAUUCGCUGUCUCUCAUAUAUCAGAGAUUUACUCACGUAUUCAGAUCGAAAGUGGAAUCUUCGAGCCCCACUGGAGAAGUUCGAACGGGACUCUGCGGCUCUGGAAGAUUUGCUUAUGAAUAACUCCAGAGGUUAUAUGGAAAUACCGCAUCAGGGCGCCUUCUCUCAAUCCCCUACCCACGGAAUGCCGCUGGUCGGCACCGAUUACCCCGGAUAUCACUUAGGAUGA